CUUACUUUGCAACACUGCGUCUCACAUAACAACUUUGGCGCGCGCGGUAAGCACCAGUCCACUGUCAGGCUUGCCGAGGUAGCCAUACUGACAAAGGAAUUGCGCGCUUCUAUUUGAACUGAGGGCUUAAACGCGUAGGCGCCGGCCGUGCACGGACAUGAACCCGCGUGCAUUCAGCUAGCUCAGCCCGGCCUGGGGUGCGCGUCCUCCUGUCGCCAUGUCUUUCGCUAUAUUGGUGUGCCAUGAAGCCAUUGGCGGCUCUGGCCUGCGCGCGGGCACGGUUUUGGUGGAUAGCCUUCACGUGAUGCCAAUUGGCGCGGCUUUCCAAGUCAACACGAAUGAACGCGCGCCUGCUCAUCUGGCCUGCUGCUUGCAGACCUCGCAACCGGACGUUCCACGAUAGAUAGCGACGGUGCACGGGACCAAGAUGAGCGGCCAAAACCCUGCGGUGCCCGUUGUGCGGGGCGCCCUGGUCGUGCUUCUGCUCCUGUUUCCUGCGGCGUCACUGGCCGCGGCCCGACUGCCGCCGCCGCUUUCCCCAAAGCCCAAGCCAGUAGCCUCCGCUCUGUCGAGGCCCAACCUCCUACCCCAGCCAUCGCCAUCGCCCGCCCCUGCGCCUUCAACUGCCGCUGCCGUCCCAAAGUCAGCGGAGGAAGUCGAAGCGCCAGAUGAAACGCCGCCGCCGCCCCAGUACACCAUGGGUUUUGGCAAGUGCGGCCCGCGGCUGCAACGGCAGCAGUACGGCAACUGGCAGAUGACGUACAACAUAAGUGAGCAGCGGCCGGGGAAGAUGGUCAUGUGGCUGGACACGCAGAACAGGACCGCGGUCGCAAGCUGCUUUGGGCAGAUUGAACCCCAGGACUUCCCCCUCACCGCGAUCUACUUUGCCUACUUCAACUACACCGAGGGCGUGGCCGCCUGGUCGCCGGCUCUGGACCUAACGCCGUACAGGGAGACGAGCACCGCGUACUGGAUCAAGAUCAACGGCAAGUCGCUGUUCACGGUACGCGACCUGAAGGACUUCGGCACCAACACCGCCACCUCCUCCACCUACAGCCUCAAGGGCACACACAACGGCCUGAUCAAGCCCUCCCCCGACAAGUACAAGAUCGAGAUCGUCAAGUACUGCGAUAACAGCGACUGCAGCCGCAUCCCCGAGCCUUCCAGCGUGUUCGUGAGCCCGCAGGGCCACGUGGUGUUCUCGGUCUGGUCCGUGGGUCAGUCGUUGCGUGUGAACGGCGUGCUGGCGCUGAACCACGCCUGGUGCCCGGUGCGGAGCGCAGCGACCGUGCAGUAGCGCGCGCGCGGGCAGUGCGUUUGGCCGCUUGCUGGGCAUGCAUGUUGCUUGGAACUGCCGGGGUGGAUGGGGAGGGGCCAGGGGGCCAACGGUUCCAGCUGGCUUUGGGGGCUUUGGGGGGGGGGGGCAGUAUGAGGGCAUGGCGAAGGUGGACUGGAUGGUGGAAGAACCAUGGAAGGGGCAUUGCGCGUGGCGUCAAUGGGCGUGCGUCAAUGGGCGUCGAGGGCGGUGUUCUAGGGCUCUGCUCAAGCCCAGCGGUUAGAUCCCAAGUAUUGUUGAAGUGGUCUUCAAGGAGCGGCCUGGAGCGGGGCGGAGUUGCGCCGGAGCCGGAGUGAGGGAAGCUGGGAAGAAAAAAAUAGUAUACGGUAAUGGCGGUUCUAGGACAGCCCCGACUAACGCCCAACUAACUCGUGUACGGCGCCCCCAUCCCCCUCAGCCGUACAGGAGUUGACUUGGGGACUCGGCAGCUGCUCGAGUGUGAGCAGGUAGUUGUACAGUUGCCCGGCUCGGAAGCUACCUGACUGUAGCGACGCACACGGGCGCUUGGCGCUAGUCGGCAGGCGCGCGAGUGGGAAUGAGCAGUUCAGCGCGCACACAUGUGGGAAGCUGCGGCAGGGCACGGUAGAGCACGGCGGAGGCGGGCGGUUGGUGCGGCACGCGAGUGGGAGUGCAUAGUCGCGCGCGUGCCAUUUGGAAAGCCGCGUGUGUGAGCUGAGUGUAAACUCAGAGACGCAUGGGGCUGCCCCUGUUCCAUAAGCUGCCUCUGGGCACACACGGUUUCAGACGGUUGACAGUUGGGCUCCAGCGCGGGUGGGACUCGCUGGAGCGUUCUAUGGGAGCAAGCCUACUAGAGCUAGAGUAGGCCGACGGCGUUGCAGGCAGCACGCCCCUGGGGUCCAGAGCAGGGUGUUCGUUCUCCACGUCACUGGCUCGUGAACUGCGUCAGCAGGUCCCUCUUGUAACCAAUGCAAUCUGAAGAUGAGGUUAGGGGCGGAUGACCGGUGUAGCCAAGCUCAUCGAAGGAAAGCGGAGAUAAGCCAGGGGUGGACUUGCCAUACGGUAACUAAGUUGCGCUGAACCUAGGCUACGAUGAAGUUUUCAGUGCUGGUGGUCCGGUGCUACACGAUACGGCAUUCAGAAGGUGGCGAAGACUUCAUGUGCUGCCGGGAUCCCACAUCCCACAUCCCAAGUUCUGAUGCGCGUCGGUGAUUCAAGUAUUAUAAGCAUUCUGGGGCUAGGUCAGCACGCAGCCGACAUUGCAUGAGUUAGAUUCACGGCGGGUUAUGCACCAGGUAAUAAGGCACGUGCAUGGACGAGCAUCGUGCUGACGA